AUGCCAUCUGUGAGACAUCGCAAAGCCAAGUCUCCUUCCCCGUUAGAAUCCACAUCUUCAGCGUCGGAUUGUUUGAUAGAGGGAUCAAAAUCUGAUGAGUCUGGGGAAAUGGGCACAGAACCCGUUGUUAAUGAGAAGGAACGCAAAAAACAGGCCAUCAUUGUCAGGACAAUAUGGACCCUUAUUAUGCUUUUCUUUUUCUUUGCUAUCAUUGGUAUGGGUCCGUUCUGGAUAAUAUCCACUAUUCUGUUGGUGCAAGUAGCAGUGUUUAGAGAAUUGAUAAGUAUCACUACCACUAAAGCCAGUGAACGUGAUUUACGCUAUACUAGUUAUUUGAACUGGUACUUUCUUAUAACCACGAUUUUUUACUUGGAAGGUCGGUCCUUUCUUAAAUACUCGCUUACUUACCUGAUUGAGUCUGAUUAUACCAGCGAGAUUGCCAUUAAAUUGGCCGUGCAUCACAAGUUCAUCUGCUACUGUCUGUAUGUUAUGGGUUUUGUUGGAUUUGUCGCUUCCUUAAAGAAGGGUUACCUAAGAUAUCAGUUUACUCAAUUGAGUGUUACCCACAUGAUCCUACUUAUGGUCAUAUUACAGGGACAUUGCAUUGUCAACAAUAUACUGCAUGGCAUGAUAUGGUUCCUCCUGCCUGUUGGUUUGGUCAUCACUAAUGAUAUUUUUGCCUACAUUUGUGGUAUCACCUUUGGAAGAACUCAAUUGAUAUCCAUUUCUCCAAAAAAAACUGUCGAAGGAUUUGUGGGGGCUUGGUUCUGCACCAUUCUCAUGUCUCUACUACUCACGUACAUUUUCUGCACUAACGCAUACCUUAUAUGUCCAUUCACCAAUGAUUUGGCCGUUAAUUGCCUGUCCGGUAUCCAGUGUGAUCCUAAUCCUAUCUUCAUUCACCAAAUAUACCGUCUUCCAAGCUAUCUAUCGUUGUUAUUGAAGAAAGAUUACAUUCAGUUAAAACCAAUAUAUCUGCAUGCCGUGAUUAUUUCCAUGUUUGCUUCAUUGAUUGCACCAUUCGGUGGAUUCUUUGCAUCUGGUCUCAAAAGAGCCUUGAAAAUUAAGGACUUUGGGGAUGCCAUCCCUGGUCAUGGUGGUGUAACGGACAGAAUGGACUGUCAGUUCCUUAUGGGAUCGUUCUCUUACUUGUACUACGAAACAUUUAUUUCCGUGCACCGAUUAAAUAUUGGAAACCUUCUUCAGACAGUGAUAAUCAAUCUUAGUGGUGAAGAGAUUAUUCAACUUGUCAAAAGUCUUCAGUCAUACUUAUACAAGAUUGGAUAUAUUGACGAAGAAGUUUACACUCAAUUAAAUAAGAUGCUUUGA